AUGCUUUCUCGACUUUCCGUGCAAGCGGCUCGCGCCGCGUCCGCAAUUCGAACCCAUCAAAUUCCCGGAACCAGAGUGAGGAACAUUCAAUUUUUUUUCAAAUUUCCACCAAAUCUCGUUCAGCUUCCACUCGCCAAAUACGGUGGUCGACACACGGUUUGCGCCCUUCCGGGAGACGGAAUCGGACCCGAGAUGAUCGCCCAUAUACGCAAUAUUUUCGCUUUUUGUCACGUAGGCCCGGUUUUCAAACAUAUUAAGGACGAAAAAACAGUAUUUUAGGCGCCGAUAAAUUUCGAAGAAGUCCAAGUUUCGUCGUCGUUGUUGGACGGAGAUAUGGAGGCGGCGCUGCUGGCGAUCGAGAGAAAUGGAGUUGCGAUCAAGGUUUGGAAACUUUUGUUGUUGUUGUUUUAUUGAAAACCUCAAAUUCGCUAUUAGGGUAACAUUGAAACGAAGCACGACGAUCCGCAAUUCACAUCGCGAAACGUCGAACUGCGAACCCGACUGGAUCUCUACGCAAACAUCCUUCAUUGCGUCACAAUUCCGACCGUACCGUCCCGGCAUACGGUAGGACUACGGUAGAAGUACUGUAGAAUACAUAUUCUCAAACUUUCAGGGAAUUGAUAUUGUUCUCAUUCGCGAGAACACCGAAGGAGAAUACUCGGGAUUGGAGCACGAAACGGUGCCCGGAAUUGUGGAGAGCAUCAAGGUACGGUGGGAAGAGUAUUGUGUCCAUCUACAAUAAUCCUAAUUUGUAGAUUGUGACCCGUGAAAAGAUCGAACGAAUCUCAAGAAUGGCAUUCGAGUACGCAAAAGCCAAUGGAAGGAAGAAGGUGACCGCAGUCCACAAGGCCAACAUUCAGAAACUCGGAGACGGUCUUUUCUUGAAGGUGAGAUUUGACACCUUUUUCUUCAAACGCUCUUAGAAAAUAAUUUGAGUGUUUUGCAGGUGGUGCGUGAGAUGUCGGAAGAGUACAAGGACAUCAAAUUCGAGGCGAUGAUCGUGGAUAACGCGUCGAUGCAACUCGUGUCCCGCCCGCAGCAGUUCGACGUGAUGGUCAUGCCGAAUCUGUACGGAAACAUCAUCUCGAACAUUGCGUGCGGCCUCGUCGGCGGGCCCGGACUCGUGUCCGGAAUGAACCUGGGCGACAAGUUCGCCGUGUUCGAGACGGGCACCCGCAACACGGGAACUUCCUUGGCCGGCAAGGACCUCGCCAAUCCGACGGCGUUCAUUCGCGCCAGUGUAGACAUGCUCCGCUAUUUGGGGUGUCAUUAUCAUGCCAAUAUCAUUUCUGACGCACUUUGGAAGGCUCUCGUCGAACAGCAAAUUCACACAGUCGACAUUGGGGGACAGAACUCGGUCAGUGUGCCUUGCGCCUUAUGGGGUUAUUCAGGCUGUAAAAAAAUAAUUUUUUUACGUCAAAAAACCCAAUUCAGCGGGGUAAAAAAACGAAAAAAACGGAAAACAAACAGACGCUGAAUAGCCCCAAUAAAAAAUUUGAAGAAAACCCGUAAUUUUGCAAUUUCAGGGAAGCGACGUCGUCAAUGCAACUCUUCAGAAUAUCGCAAAACUGAUGGAUGAGCAACCGAAUCAUUAA